AUGGUCAACAACAUAUCCCAUCGGCGCCCAUCGCUUCCACCUGUCGAUGGUGCUACUGCUCGACACGCGUCCGAUGCGCCAAGCCGCCCUUCGCCUUCGAUCAACUUCGUCACCACGACCAGCAGGACCGACAGCAUCACCAGCAGGAGCAGCAGCCAUGCCAGCAGCUCUCGAAGCGACAGCCUGUCUCAGGUAAGUCCGCUCUAGCGAACCAGCCUUACCACUCGUCACCAUCUGCCCUCACGAGCCCGCUCUCUUCUUUGCACCACCUCCAGCUCGAUCGUGGCGAGGGAGCCGCGACUCACCACCCCACUUCAGCGGUCCGCACACGCCCGCACCGAACUGGCUCGGCACCGCCGAAUCGCAUGCGCAAGUCGGCUCUCGCUCGCAUCAUGAACAUGGAAGGUCUCGAGAGUCAGAUUCAUGUCGAUCCCAUGCGGAGUGACUCGCUGCGACACUUCGAUAGCGCCACUUCUGGUGCCAGCGGCUCCUGGCAAGGUGGUGACUCCGAAUUGACCGACGGGCGGCGCACGCGUUCUGCACUUAUCGACACGGUACACCCUCAACCCUUACCCGAUGCAUCUCGAUCUCCGCACAGCAAGUUCAAGGCGCUCCUUGGCCGAGGCGCUCACCUAUCGCUUGAACCCAGACAACAACACGAUCCACCGUCGCGUUCACCGAGAGGGGGCGACGAGCCUCGAAGACCAGAAAUGUCGAGAACAGUCUCCGAGCCCGGUCCAAAGGGACGACAUGGUCGAGCCAAGUCGGUCUCGGCUCUGUUCGGCUUAGCCUCGUCACAAGAGGACGAGAUUCCGCCCCUUCCGAACGGGUCCCACCGACCGGAUGCGCAGAGCGAAAGCGUGCCCGAACCUUCUACCCCUGUCAAGACCCCGGCGGCCAGGCCACCGUCGUCUUGGAUCCGGCAGCGCUUGCGACCCUCAAGCUCGAGUAUAUCUCUUGGCACCAGCCGGAAGUCACCGGGCUUGUCAAAUUCCGUAAAUCCUAAUCGAACCGUAGGAUUGUCCUCAACGCCCUCUUCGACCUCGGUUCACACCAUCCAGUCGUCCGCUCAUUCUCAGUCGUCGACCGCGCAGUCGUGGCAGUCGAAAUCCGAUUUCGGCUUCAUCAAGGCCCUUGGAUCCUUCGUCGCGGGUCGACUUCAAACCAAAGUCGACGAUCCUAUCUCUGACGAAGAACUUCUGCGUUGGCGCAAACCGGCCCUUGAGCGGGAUCGAGCCCCUGGUGAGCUCGGGGCGAACGAGAGGUUCUUGACGAAUUCCGAGCUGAGCUCGUCUGGGCGAGAGUACCGGGAAAGCUCUCGGGCAAGCUCUUCGAGCAAUGUACCGAGUCGGGAGACGACCGAGGAGGAGAUCUUGGUAAUAGGAAAGUCUGGUCGCUCCGGUGUCAAGUCGACGAGCAUGGUAAGUCGCACAACACGCCAAGAGCUUUCUGCGAUGCCAAGCUCAAUCAUGGGUGUAUGCCAUUUUCAGGAAUCGAAAACAAGAACAUGUUGGGCCGAUUCCGCAGUACCGCUCAAAUCGAGCCAUUCGAACAAUCAUAUGCAACAAUCAACUUGCCGAUCGCGUUUCGGAGAUGAACAGAUGGGCAUGCGGGCCGGCUCAAAAACCUCCCACCCAGCCACCUCAUCCCCGUAUCUAAUCGAGAACCGACCGCUGCGUAGCCCCCGUUCGUCUCCCUGUUUACCUCGCUCCAAAUCCACCGGGAUGGAAGCAGCUUCGCAACUCGCCGCAUCUCUCUCACUGCAUACGCCCUCGAAGUCGAGACCGCCCCCGCUGCCACUUGGCUUGGCACCUCGACCUGCCGCGGCACCGAGAAGGAAGCCGCCGACCGGUCGGAUGUCGACACCAACGGUUGGGGAAGCGCGGAGGAUCAUUUCGAAUGAGGCUUGGGAACAAGUCAGCCUUUCGGCUCGUAAAACCUACUCGACACGAUCGGUAUCAGCGUCAUCCGCUGCUUCUCCGCCAUUGACGCCCUCGUCUUCGUCGAGGACGUCGGCGAACGAGAAUUUGGCGGUAGGGGUGCAACAUGCAUCUUACGUCACCACAUGA